AUGCAUAGAUUAAUUGGAGCUGCAUUGUUACUUGAUAAGCUUAAAAUUGCGUUGAUUGAAACUUUCAGAGCAAAUUCUACCUUGUUAAGACUGGAGCAUUUUGUAUCUAUGGCUAUUGUGUACAUGGGUAUCUGCAGUCGCUUAUACAACUUGUGUCAUGCUUGGGUGAGUCAAAUUGAGGAAUGCUACCAUUUGCUCUAUACUUGGUCACAGUGCUUCCCUAGUGGGAUGAAGCAAAAGGACGAGAAGGUCUUUGUAUUAUCCCAUAAUCUGGACUGUCAAGCAGACACAUUGAAAUCAGCACGUAUCAAAUACGCUGAAAAUACAAUGCAAUCCAAAAUUACAAGUCAGCAUAAAAUUCAUUUGGAAACUUACAUGGCAAACCCAAUUGUUGUGCAGAAAAUCCAGGAAAUCAAAAAAGAGGUUGGUUUAAGCAUGGAUGAUGAAGACGAUUUAAUGGAUUUUGAGGAUCUUGGAGGUAUAUAUAAAUAA